CGAGCAACCAAUCUCUCUCUUAGUAACCGACGGCCAUGUCUUACUAUCCUCCUCCAUCCGGCUACCCAGGUGGCCCUCCUGCAUAUCCUCCGCCGCAGCAGCAGCAGCAGCAGCAGCAGCAGUAUCCUUCGUAUGGAGCUCCCCCGCCUCAAUACCCACCACAGAACAAUUACGCUCCCCCUUCCUACCCUCCUCCAGGACAGUACGGCCACCCUCCCCAGCCCGGUUAUCCUCCCCACAGCUCCCCAUAUGGCCACACUCCUUCUCCCCAGCCUCCAUACGGACAUCCCCCACCUCAACACCCUCCACACCAACCACCGCACCGUCCACCACCUUCGCCGGGCUAUGGCCACUUGCCUCCUUCAACACCGAAUAGCGGACCUGCCUUCCAUGGGCAACCAGGCAUUGCGACGGUGAACAAUAAUGAUUAUGUCCAUGGAAAUCACAGCGCGCCGCCACCUCCCCCUUCCGGUUCCGUCGCGUUUGGCCAUGGAGCUCCUCAGGGAUAUAGCUAUCAGUACUCGAACUGCACUGGGAAACGGAAGGCAUUGCUGAUUGGCAUAAAUUACUUUGGUCAGCGAGGCCAGUUACGGGGCUGUAUUAAUGACGUCAAGAACAUGUCAACCUAUUUGAAUCAGAGUUUCAACUACGCGAGAGAGGACAUGGUGAUCUUGACCGAUGAUCAACAAAACCCCAUGAGUCAACCUACAAAGGCCAAUAUCUUACGCGCGAUGCACUGGUUGGUGAAAGAUGCUCGACCGAACGACUCAUUGUUCUUCCAUUACUCUGGACAUGGUGGUCAGACACCAGAUUUGGAUGGCGACGAGGACGACGGGUACGACGAAGUUAUCUAUCCCGUUGACUUUAGAAACGCUGGUCACAUCGUAGACGAUGAAAUGCACAGGAUUAUGGUUCGGCCAUUACCGGCUGGUGUUCGUUUAACGGCGAUCUUCGAUUCGUGCCACUCCGGUUCCGCCCUGGACCUUCCUUACAUCUACUCCACACAGGGUGUCCUCAAGGAACCCAAUCUUGCCAAGGAAGCUGGUCAAGGUCUUCUUGGUGUUGUCUCUGCAUAUGCUCGCGGAGACAUGGGAAGCAUGGUCUCGACUGCUAUGGGAUUCAUCAAAAAGGCAACUCGAGGAGAAGAAACGUACCAAAGAGCCAAACAAACAAAGACCAGCCCUGCCGAUGUCAUUAUGUGGUCAGGUAGUAAAGAUGUCCAGACUAGCGCAGAUGCAACCAUUAAUGGCCAAGCAACUGGAGCACUCUCCUGGGCCUUCAUUACGGCCUUGAAGAAGAACCCCCAACAGAGCUACGUUCAACUUCUCAACAGUAUUCGAGAUGAACUCGCCUCGAAAUACUCGCAGAAACCUCAGUUAAGCUGCAGCCAUCCGCUAGAUACGAACCUCUUAUACGUUAUGUAAAGAGUACGACUCUUAUGCGCAGCUGUGAAUAUUUCGGGGUCAUAUAUGGACCAUAAAUACAUGGUGUUUGGGGGCAGGCUUAAGUUCGCCGAGCAAUAUCUCCUAGAGCUUAUCCUUUUCCAUUACUAUAACAUGUACUUACGUUUAUACGCUUUGGCGAUUUGAUACCUGCUUUCAUAUCUUUACGUCUACUUUCAACGCGUCUUCCGUUUUCGAUCCUAGUGGUUUUACUCGAAUGUUGGGUUGCGUUUUGUGCAUCUUUUUGCUCUAUAUGUUACGUUGGCUAAUGGAGGACGGUUCAUCGGGUUAUGAUCGU